UGGCAUCUUCCGCCGUCACACGUUCAAGACCACUCGAUUGGAAGGCUGCUGCCCCAGAACCUCCAGCAGGAACGCAAACUUUCGCUGCCCAAGCGUCUCUGCCUCGAUUACCCGUUCCAAAUCUCCAGGAUACUUUGACUCGUCUGAAGGAGUCACUGGCGCCAAUUGCUUGGAGCGCAUCGGAGUACAACUCAGUUUUAAAGAAGAUCGACCAAUUUGGUUCUGAAUUAGCACCAGAGCUGCAGAAGCGGUUGUUGGAGAGAGCUACCCAACACCCUCACUGGUUGGAAGAAUGGUGGGACGACGGUGGCUACCUGGGAUAUCGGGAUUCUGUUGUUGUGAACGUUUCCUAUUAUUGUGGAUUUGAUUCGCCCCCUUCCCACCUUGGGCAAAACCCGGUCGCUCGUGCUGCUGGUAUUACCAGGGCCGCCAUGUUAUUCAGGCAGCAAUUAAAGCAAGGUUUAAUCAAACCGGAGAGCACCAAGGAGGGUCCUAUAUGCAUGGAAACCUAUCGGUGGAUGUUCGACUGCUGCAGAGUACCAGGAGACGGUCUUGACUGGAGUAUUUCUUAUGCGAAACCGGGAAAUCUCGGAGAUUCCGGUCAUAUUAUUGUUAUCCGCAAGAAUCGUGUCUGGAAGGUAGACGUUACUAACAAUGGUAGAAUUUUGAGCACCGGAGAAAUAGAGAAGCAAAUUCAGCAUAUCUAUGAUAAUACUCUACAAGAGUACCCUGGUGUUGGCGUUCUCUCGGCCUCCAAUCGUGACAUCUGGGCCAAGGAUUACGUCGAGCUGGCUUCCCAAGGCCAGAAUGCCAACAUCAUAGAAGCUAUUCAGUCCUCAGCAUUUAUCAUUUCCCUUGAGGAUUUCCGCCCCAAGGAUUCUGUCCAACACAGUCGAGGUCUCUGGCACGGAGACGUUACGGGAGGGGUUCCAGUUGGCCUAAGGAACAGAUGGGUCGACAAGCCCCUGCAAUUCAUCGUCUUCGAUAACGCGGUUGCGGGUUUCAUGGGCGAACAUUCCGUCAUGGACGGCACACCCACGGCGCGGAUGUGUGACGAGGUCCUGGAUAUGCUCUAUGACCCUGCAUUCGAUCAUGGAAAUCCCUCCGGACAUGAUUUCACCCCUUCUCCUCUUGACUGGGAAGUUACCCCCUCCAUAGCUCAAGCAAUCGUGAAAGCGGACAAAGCAGCUGCGGAACUUGUGGAAAGUCAAGAGCUAGGGUUCUACCUUACGUCUUACGGCAAAGCCGCUAUCAAGAAAUUUGGAGUCUCUCCAGAUUCAUGGGCACAGAUGAUCAUCCAACUUGCAUAUCGGCGUCUUAUUGGACCGAAUAAGAGGAACGGAGGGACAUACGAAGCUGCAACGACUCGUAAAUUCUUCAAGGGGCGGACGGAGGCCAUCCGGGUCGUUACUAGCGAAUCCGAUGCAUGGGCGAGGAGCAUGGACAACCCGGCCGCAACAAAGGAGCAGCGCAAAACGCUCUUCGAUGCAGCUGCUGCGAAACACAUAUCCCUUGCGAAAGCAGCAGGCCAAGGGCAGGGUGUCGAUCGUCAUCUGUUUGGCCUCAAAAAACUUUUGAGAAAGGGCGAAGAGGCACCUGAGCUCUUUACUGACCCAGUUUACACCCGGUCGUCGUACUGGACCCUCAGCACCUCGGCCGUCUUCUCGAAACACUUCCCAGUCUAUGGCUGGGGCGAGGUCGUUCCUGAUGGUUUCGGAGUGGCUUACAUGACUGGUUAUGACGGUCGACUUCAGUACACGGUGACUUCCCGCAGGGAGAUGCCGAAUGCACAGUUUGUGCAGGAAAUUGCAAAGGCUGCAGAAGAUCUGUAUGCGUUGCACAAAGAUGUGGCAAAACCCAAGGCCCAACUGUAAU